GGUUGUUGAACAUGAGGUCGCUUGUGGAAGGAGGAACACUUGGGCAUUUCCUUGUAAUUGUGAAAGAUACCACUACUUGACCAUGAAUUUAUUGCAUUUCGUCGAGCGACCAAAUGUUCUAUCGCCUACAAUGAUGACACUUCUUAACGAAGAACCGCCUAAUCUACCUUCAAAACUUCGUCCCCCAAAACACUUUUCUGAGGAGUUUCUCAGACAGAAGCUUUCUAACCUGGAGUAUCAGGUUACACAAGAAAAAUACACCGAAAAGCCUUUUACUGGGAAGUACCUUAGAGAAUGGUCACCUGGAGUUUAUGUCUGUGUUGUUUGCGAUUCUUCAUUGUUCAACAGCGAAACCAAGUUUGAUUCAUACACAGGUUGGCCCUCAUUUUCAAGCGUAAUCGAGAGACAAGCCGUUAAUUUGCGCGUGGAUUCGUCUUCAGGUAGUGGUAUGCGAGUUGAAGCUUCUUGCAGUCAAUGUGGAGCUCAUUUGGGCCAUGUGUUUGACGAUGGACCAAAGCCACGCGGCGUACGUUACUGCAUCAAUUCUGCAGCUUUGAAGCACAGACCGAAGGAAUCCGCCAAGUCAUCUAACUUCUGACUGACUGCAUUGUCUUUUCACCCCGGUCGUGACUUGUGUUCUUUGCAUUUUCAAUCUUG